GGAUCUAGUCGCCACUCCAAAGGCUGAUUACCACAACUCUGAGAUGGGCCCAGGGACAAUGGAAGAACGGAUGAUAAGAAGCCCCGGCACACGUCUUAUCCUGAUUGAAAAUCGGAGUAAUAUUCAUGAUGGUAUGGGUGUGGAGGAAUUCAUCACAACUGCCUCUCCCGCACCCUCUAUGACAGACUCCGAUGUCUAUGCCACACCGAUGAGUGUGGCCAUUUACAGCCAUGCCACUGGUUCGGAGUCAGAUUCGGAUGACUGCGCCACCCCAAUGGAUAUCACUGUGGGCACCUUCUCCAACACUCCCGGCCAGAUGCCGAGAACUGUGCAACGCCGAUGGACCGCACCGUCGUCAAAACAUUCUUUAUUUCACAACAAGGAGCAUAUCCUGACAACAAUGCAACGCCCAAGGAUACGACCGCCGACGACUUGUCUGUCAGUCCAGAGUCAGAAUGUGCGACGCCAAUGGAGAUGGCCAUCACCGACUCCAUCGCCGUUUCAGAAAAAUGGUUCGACGAUGAGAUCCGCACAUCCGACUCCUCGGUCUACAAACGCUCGGUCAAGCUUACUGCGAGGACUCGCAUUUCGGGAGAGCCAAUCAAGGCCAUGGAAAACCGGCCACGGUUCGCAGCCAAGGCUGGCGGCCUCAAGGCUGUGGAAAAACUUCUGCGGCGAGGGGCGAUGAAUAUCGACUUCAGGUCAAAGGCCGGCAUGUCCGCUCUCUACCUGGCAACUUACCGCUGUCAUUCCGAAGUCUUAAGAUUCCCCUUAGACAAGGGCGCAAUGCUCGACACUGUGAGUUCCAAAAUGGAUUUCCGCCUGGCUGGCCGAAACGUAUCCAUCUUGGAUCCUCAUCGAUCUACCUGGCUGCCCUGAGGGGUCACCAAGAAUGCACCAGCAUCUUAUUGGAAAGAACAAAUGAUUACACAGUUCUUGAUCUUGAGGAGUUUGACGAUAUGGACGCUGAAUUGGACUUGGACCUUCGGAGACCGCUGUUGAAAACGACCAUGUGCAGCUUGCGGAAUUGUCAUUCGGUUUCGUGGAAAGAACUGGUUCAACAGAUCCGACGAGGAGUAUUACUAUGGAGAUGAGAAUCUCAUGACUAUAGCCACACGAAAUAAUUUAUUGGCAUUGGUCGCGCUUUUCCUAGAUCAUAGGAUGUCGCCAAACCUACAAUACGG